UCUUACGGACAACACGCAUGAACUGUGCUUUAAUAAUCCUGCCUGUACUGGAAUACAGUCAGUUUCUUCUCAGACUUCAUGAAGUUAAAUGGGACUCGGUGUUCUGCAGCCGUAGCGCAAGUGUCAGUGCUGGUCUGAGGAUGGAGGGACAAACGCCAAAGAUGGAUGUUCUGCUACUUUUGCUGUGCUUUUUGUACGUCCUGCCAGUGUGGAGCAUUUUUGAUGGCAUUUGUCCCAGAAAAGACCCUCCUCCUGGUGUGGUGGUUGUUUCUCCAGGAAGCAGGCUGGAACUGACCUGCAGCGGUCAUGUGAAGGUGAAUGGAGUGAAAGUCACCUUAACUAGAAAGGUCCCAAGUGUAAAUAAGAAAGGAUCUUCGUCAGAGAGAACUCCCACCACGCAGCAAGCUAGAAGAAACACGGCUUUUACAGAAAGAAGUGUUAAAUCCUCUACAGUGAGCGAGAGAUUCCACAUUCCCACCACGGCGACUGGAAUCAGCACUCUGCUGGGAGAACGCCAACGCAGCGGAUAUUCAGACGUGGAACACGCCACUUCUCCACAAGUGGUCCAGCCAACGCCUCCCAGCAAGACCACAACGAGGGGAACGUCAGACUGGGAGGAUAAAGAGAUGAAACUCCAGGCUGAACAUGAAGACAAAGAGUCAGAGGAAGGCCGCAGAGCAACCAGAGAGGUUAAGAUGAGGCCUCAGUGGCAGUGGAACAAACAGCUGAUGGAGAGUGUAGACAGAGACUGGGGAGGACUUGAAUUUCUGAGUGACGGCAGCGGUCUAUCUCUGAGUUCAGUACGACUGACAGACGCUGGGAAAUACACGUGUCGUCACAGGGGAGAAGAAACACUUGCUGUUAAGGUGAUUGUUGCAGAUCCUCCUGAGACCCCAAUCAUCUUUUGCUACAAGAGGUCGCCCAGGAGUAAAAUUCGCUGUGAAUGGAAACCUCAGAAACCAGUAAUCAAGCAACCUAACUGCUACCUUUUUCUGAGCACAGAUCAUUUCCCUCAUGGAAAAAUAGAGAAUUUCCAGCAAAACCAGUGCUCAUACUCCCAUCAGCACUCCCGCUGUUGGUGUGCUCUGGAGCACAUUGAGGACAAGCGGAGGACGAACCAUGAGGCUUUCCUGUGUGUUACAAACUUCUUGGGCAACGCCACCAGUCCCCUGAUCAAUUUCACACCUCUGGAUAUUUUGACGCCAGACCCCCCAUCUAAUGUGAUGGCCCACCCAGUGGAGAGACGAGAGAAAAUGAUAAAGGUGACCUGGAACUUACCAGUAACCUGGAAGGAGACGGAUGAUUUUUAUGACAUAAUCUAUGAGAUCAGAUACAAACUUUCAAACUCCUCGAAUGAACAGGAAAACAGAAUUAGAGAACGCAUGUACCUGAUUACUGACGCUCUGCCUGGUGCUGAGUACCUGAUUCAUCUCAGAGUUAGAGAAGAAUACGAUGGUCAUUGGAGCGAGUGGAGCUCACCUGUCUCUGCCAGAAGUUGGACAGAAAGGAGUGAUCCGACGACCCCAAUGACCGACUUGCCCUUCACUGAAGACUAUGGUUCUGGUUUUACUGAUGAUAGCUACCCCGAUGGUUCAACAAAUGAGUUAUGUGCCAACUCGGUUUCAUGCAACAUACUCUAUCAUGUUAUUUGGAUCCCUGCCGUUUUUGCCAUCAUGUGCGUCCUUUUGGCUGUCUACAUCUUCAGAUACAAAGACAGGUUUAUGAACAAACUCUACAGUCUAAAUAGCACCACCCACAGUGAGGCCUUGUCUCCACCUCGUCUUUUUGUCUCUACGUCCUCAGAAGAAGAAGCUCUGGUGUCUGACUCUGGCCCGCAGCUCUAUAAACAAAGCAACACACAACAAGACGGGGAAAAUGAGAGAGGACAAACUGAGAUGGAAAGAUUAGAAGCCACAAAUUUCAACAACAAAAGUUACUUCUUCCUGCAGAUGUAGUUAUGAACGAACCAGUUUUAGAAAAUCAAUGAAAAGGGACUGAGGUGAAGGAUAAACUCCCAGGGAAAAUUUGUACAGAUUGUAUAUUCACUCCUUUAUGGACGUGCCAUGCUUAAACUUGUGCUGAAAUGUUUUUUUAUGUGGUUUUGUUUCUUUCUCUUCUGUCUACUGGUGCCAUGUUAAAAUUUUGAAAUCACCUGCAGAGGUGACUUCAUCACAAGAAAUAUUUAGGUUUUUUAUGUUACUGAAAAGUUUAAGUUGAUAUUGAUGUUGGAUUUCUGUACUAAAAUACACUUUCUGGAGCUUUCUUAAACUGUCCAUCCAUCCAUUUUCUGUUCCCCCUUGUCCCUAUUGGGGUCAGGAGGGUUGCUGGUUCAUCUCCACCUACGUUCCGGGUGAGAGGCGGGUUUCACCCUGGACAGGUCGCCAGUCUGUUUCUUAAACUGUCAUGAACUAAAAAUAUUUUUCUUACUCAUAAUUAUGAGUCAUCAUUAGUCAACAUUAUAUGAUUUAAAUUUAAAAUAACUUCACUAAAAUCAAAUGACUUUUUGACUAAUUAUAUUUUGAAUUAGCUAACUCAAAGCUAUGAGCUAUUAUUUCAUAUUGAGUUAUGCAUGUUUAUGAGAAAAUUACUGAUUAAUUACUAUGUCAUUAUUUUGCUUUUGCUACCUGAUCAUUGGCUUACCUAUCUCAUAAUGAUUGAUUGAUUGAUUGAUUGAUUGAUUGAUUGAUUGAUUGAUUGAUUGAUUGAUUGAUUGAUUGAUUGAUUGAUUGAUUGAUUGAUUGAUUGAUUGAUUGAUUGAUUGAUUAUUAAUAAUAAACAGUGGUGGGACAUGAUUAAAAAAAUAUAUAAUUAAUUAAAGACUUUGUAAUUAACUGAUGGUAUUUAUAUCCGACAAUGAUUAGUUUUUAAAUUCCAAUAAAUUUUGGUUGUUGAUUAAUCAAUAACUAAUUUAUAUGAUU